AUGGCGGUGGAGGAAGUAAAAAAUGAAAUAUUUAGACACGAGCACCAGGAGAAGAAGAGAAAGAGAGUGAAAGUAAGAAAAGCAGAAGAACACCCUGCAGAGCUUGCAGAAGUCUGUGCCAGCCACAAGAGUGUGCCAAUUUCAGAGUAUGUUUUAAACAGUACGAACAUAAACCACAAGAUAUACCGAGACAUUCUAGUAAAUAGAAGAAAUGGAGAAAGAAUAUCUUCUUUAAAUCCACUCAAAUAG